AUGCCUGCUCAACUACUACCCGCCUCCGCUGCUGCUUUCGCAACCCGUUCCGCUCCUAAUAUAGUACUCAACACCAAGGUAGAUCCAUGGUUGACCGCUACUCUCAAGAGGAUAAAUAAGAUCAAGAGGCCGCUCAACAGUGUACCACAGCACUUUCGAUGCCUCACUGAGACUCUCUCAUCCCCUUCGGCGAUAUGGACUCUCUGCUCGCUCCUGCUUCCAAAGGCACCAGACUCAGAACUCGUGCAUGACGAUAAUCCUUUGAUAGAAGCCGUCUUCAAUUACAGGAUGGUCUCCAUCGAAGCUUAUAUCGUCCAUGUCGACAUGGUCUCACAGAACGAAGUCGCUUUCAAGCUCACGCCAGAGACGAUAGAGUCGUUGGUAGAGUUCCACAAGGAGGUUCACUCCAAAGACACUUCAGACCAUACUUACAACUGGUCGGAGAAGGAGGUCCAGCUCAAGAAAUUGCAAGAGGACUUCGUUCAAGCCGCCAACAAGUAUGUCUACCGUACGAGUGCCAUGGCCCUAGAAGGAUUGGAAGAGGAUGGUGCUGGCGAGUUGCUUUGCGGAAGGAGUGAAGAGGUCAAGACCGCGAUCAUGGGCAUGUUCCUCCCACUUCUACCACCACCGCCGCGACCCGUCGAAACCGUCCGUCCAACUCCAGUCCUUCCAAGCUCAACAGGUGCCGAGGACUGGUGGCAGCCAAGUUUGCCCUCGCAUUACUCUGCUGCACCAGAGUCGUGGAAGUACGCUUCGUCAAGUACUGUGUACACAUCAGCGGAUUCUGGGUACGGGACGGGCACUUGGACAAGCAUGGACCUGGAUCCCAACCUGUACUUUGGUGAUGUCCCAGCUAUGAAUUCGCCGACGACGUCAUACAGCAGCGAUCCAUACACUGCGGAAAGCCCAAGUCCACCACAGUACUACAGCCUUCCGGUUUCGUCGGCGCCAAUGUCUCAGGAGCUACCUUUACCUAGCACGCUUAUGCAAUCACAACAGUGUGGCACGAGUAUGAGCUGGGGUGGCUUCGGUGGCUUUGGAUGGGACAACUACCAGAGCUUCGCGCCGAUACCAUAUGCCAUGUGA